GAUCAGACUGACCAGGCAAAGUUUACAUUUGGAUUCUCCAGCUCUGAGCUGAUCUAUCAGUGGGAUAAUGGAACUCUAGCAGAUGUUGUCGAUACCGACGGAUCAUCAGCCUUUUUACAAUCUUCACGUUAUAAUGUCAGUGCGGACAGUCUCUACAGAAUAGUAAACGAGACUGGCUCCUUAAAGCUCCAUGUGUUUGAUGAAGAUGGAUUUGGGAAAGUUGCUGGUCUGCUAAAGAGCUGGGCAGCUGUAACUGCGGCCCAGACUGUCAUUUCUGAUGAUUUAAUUCAAGUUGGAUACAGAAACUUGAGUGGUUCUUACAGACUACAACUUUACGUCGAAGGGCUGGACCCAUCAACGACCUACUAUUCAAUAUUGACCUUUGGCCUGGGGAAUUCAGGAGCAAGCGGUACUGUUUAUAGCCCACGGAAGUUUACAACACAGGAAGGCGGUGUUUGCGAAUUUAUCUAUGACCUGGAAUUCUGUUCAAAUGUGGCGUACUCAGUGCCACGCUCAAACUUAACUGACAAUAACCGAGAUCUCAAACUGUUAUAUGAUGCCUAUGCUGCUGCGAUAUAUGCAAAUUUCUCCUUAUUAAUGCAACAGGUGUCCUGUGAUGUUAGUCUUGACUCAAGGUAUUCCCCAAUAGUGACCUGCGAGGAUUGCGAAGAAGCGUACAAGAACUGGCUAUGCUCUGUUACCAUACCUCGUUGCACAACGAAUAGUUCAUCUUAUUUUAUCAGGAGAGAGGCGGGAGAAAUGCGUACAGAGGAAUUACAGAACUUGAUACAACCUCAAAGGAGCUAUUAUGAGGUGUUACCAUGUAUUGACAUGUGUAACGAGAUAGUGAGAACUUGUCCAGCAAGCUUUGGAUUUCAGUGUCCUCAGAACAAUGAUACAAUCCUUAUGAUGAGCUACAACUACUACAAUAGUGACACGUCAUAUGAUACUUGUAAUAUUGUUGGCGACGCAGUGUUA